UGGGAGGAAAUCUGACAUGUCUGAAGGUGCAACUACCGAACAACAGUCUUAAAUGAAGAUAUUACUGUACUUGAAAUAACCUUAAUAAUUAUCGAGACUUUCUAUGAACACAGCUGAUAUUCACUCACAGAAAUGGCUAAUUCUUUACCACCACCAUUACCAAUACGACAGACCAGAAGACUGAGCAUGGACAUUUCUCUCUCUCUGUCAUCCUCCAUGAGUCCUCUGUUUGAGGAGCUUCAGUGUUCGGUGUGUCUGGAUGUGUUCACUGAUCCAGUCAGCACUCCAUGUGGACACAACUUCUGUAAGAGCUGCCUGAGCAAGAGCUGGGAGAACAGUCAGGACUGCUACUGUCCAUUGUGUAGAGAAAGUUUCAGUAAUAGACCUGACUUGAAGAUCAACACAGGGCUUAGACAGCUUGCCCAACUCUUUAAGCAAAGGUUGACCUUGCGAAUAUCUGGGGUUCUCUGUGACAUCUGUGAUGGGAGAAAGAUGAAAGCCCUGAAGUCCUGUCUGGUGUGUCAGACGUCUUACUGUGAAACUCAUCUGGAGCCUCAUAGGAGAGUCCCGAACUUCAAGAAACACAAACUGAUGGAGCCUGUGAAGAAUAUAAAGGACUACAUAUGCCAGAAACACGAGAGACCUCUGGAGCUGUUCUGUAGAGAUGAUCAGAUGUGUGUUUGUGUGUUUUGCACUGAUGGAGAGCACAAGACUCACAACACUGUUCCUCUAGAGGUGGAGAGUAAAGUGAAAAAGACUCAGAUGAUAAAAAUUCAGAGAGACAUGCAGAAGAUGAUCCAGGACAGAAACAAGAAGAUUCAAGAUAUCAAACACGAGGCAGAACUCAGAAAAAAACGUGAUGAGGAGAUGAUUCAAGAGCUGCAGCAGGAAAUCACUGAGCUGAAGAUAAGAAACUCUGAACUGGAUCAUCUCUCACACACUGAGGAUCACCUUCAGCUCCUACAGAUUUACCCAUCCAUACGCAGCCCACCAAACAGCAGGAGCUGGCCUGAUGUGAGUUUGGAGACAUUGAGGAAAGCUCUGAUUCAACUACAGGAAACCCCGGACCAGAAACUCAGUCAAACUGUGUUGAGGAGGAUACAGCAGUAUGCAGUGGAUGUGACUCUGGAUCGUGAUACAGCUUAUCCAGAACUCAUCCUGUCUGAUGAUGGAAAACAAAUGAUACAAGGAGACAUUUAUCAAGACCUCCCAGAUAUCCCAGAGAGGUUUGAUCAUUGCCCUUCGGUCCUAGGAAGAGAGGGAUUCUCCUCAGGGAGAUUUUAUUUUGAGGUGCAGGUGAAGGGAAAGACUGAGUGGAGUUUAGGAGUGGUCAGAGAAUCAAUUAACAGGAAGGGAAAAAUCAUUCAGAGUCCUGAGAAUGGACACUGGUGUGUGGCCCUGAUGAAAGGAGAUCAAUACUGGGCCUGUGCUGAUCCAGCGGUCUCUCUAAAUGUGAAGCCGCAGAAGGUUGGUGUGUUUGUGGAUUAUGAGGACGGUCUGGUCUGCUUCUUCGAUGUGGAGUCCAGAUCUCAUAUCUUCUCUUUCACUGGACAAUCUUUUAUUAAUAGGGUUUAUCCUUAUUUCUGUGCAUGUUUCACCAGUAAAAGUAAACAUUCAGUACCACUGAUAAUCUCACCUGUCAAUUACAGUGAAUAAAAUUACACACCUCAGAUACAAUUGACAAUUUUUAAUAAGUUUGUAAACAAGGAAUCUGAAAAUGGCAAUCAUGCAUAUUUUUAAAUCAAGCUUCAUGUUGUGAUCAUGUUAGCUCUUGCUGAUACAUCCUGCAACUACACCAUUUGCCUGCAAAAUCAGUGAAAUGUACUCAUUAAUUUGGCUAAAAAUGUGUAAAGAAUGUUUUUUAUUAUGAUAAAGACCCUUAAAUAUGUGGGAUAUUAUUAUUAUUAUUGCUUUUUUCUUCAUAAUUUUUUUUCUUUCUUGUAUGAAAUAUUAACUCACCGGCCACUUUAUUAGGUACAUCUGUAAAUCUGCUCGUUAACGCAAAUUUCUAAUCAGCCAAUCACAUGGCAGCAACUCAAUGCAUUUAGGUAUGAAGACACGGUCAAGACGAUCUACUGCAGUUUUAACCGAGCAUCAGAAUGGGGAAGAAAGGUGAUUUAAGCGACUUUGAACGUGCCAUUGUUGUUGGUGCCAGAUGGGCUGGCCUGAGUGUUUCAGAAUCUGCUGAUCUACUUGGAUUUUUACACACAACCAUCUCUAGGGUUUACAGAGAAUGAUCAGAAAAAGAGAAAAUAUAAGUGAGCGGCAGUUCUGUGGGCGUGAAUGCCUUUUUGAUGCCAGAGGUUAGAGGAGAAUGGUCAGACUGGUUCGAUCUGAUAUAAAGGCAAGAGUAACUCAAGUAACCACUUGUUACAACCGAGGUAUGCAGAAGAGCAUCUCUGAAUGCACAACACCUCCAACCUUGAGUUGGCUACAGCAGCAGAAGACCACACCGUGUGCCACUCCUGUCAGCUAAGAACAGGAAACUGAGGCUACAAUUCACACAGGCUCACCAAAAUUGGACAAUAGAAGAUUGCAAAAACGUCACCUGGUCUGAUGAGUCUCAAUUUCUGCUGCAACAUUCGGAUGGUAGAGUCAGAAUUUGGCAUUAACUACAUGAAAGCAUGGAUCCAUCCUGCCUUGUAUCAACAGUUUAGGCUGCUGGUGAUGGUGUAAUGGUGUAGGGGAUAUUUUCUCGGCACACUUUAGACCCAUUAGUACCAAUCAGACGAAUUUCUUAACAUCACAAUGAGUUCACUGUACUCAAAUGGCCUCCACAGUCACCAGAGCUCAAUCCAAUAGAGCACCUUUGGGAUUUGAAAUCUGCUACAACUGCGUGACGCUAUCAUGUCAAUAUGGACCAAAAUCUCUGAGGAAUAUUUCCAGUAGCUUGUUGAAUCUAUGACAUGAAGGAUUAAGGCAGUUCUAAAGGCAAAAGGGGGUCCCACUUGAUACUAGUAAUAAAGUGUACCUAAUAAAGUGGCCGGUUACUGUGUAUGAACGUUCAAAUUAUGAUCUACAUGUGAAGUGCUAAUUUAGUAGUUUUUUUAAUAUGACUGAUAUGAUUGUCAUUUGAUCAAUUUAGGACUGAUGUACAUGUCUAAUCAUCUUUUUCACUUACUUUUUUCACAACAACAACUCUAGCAGUCUUACUCUAACACUGAAUGCUCUGCCCACAAAUAAGUUACAUUGUAACUGGCACUCCUUGUAUGUAUUCUUGUAUUGCCUCUUCUUGUUGAAUUGCUGAAAGCCUUCUCUGUUGUAAGUCACUUUGGACAAAAGCGUCUGCUAAAUGACUAAAUGUAAAAAUGUUUUCUAUAAAAACCAAACCAGAAA